CGACUCCGGCGGCCACCGCAGCCCCCAGUCAGAGAAGGGAAGUGAUGAGGGGGACGAUUCCGAUAACCCUAGUUGGUUCGACCCUGAUUCUGACUCCAGGUUUCUUGAAACCUCAAGGGGGCAGCUGGGUUUCGUUGGAUUGCAGCUUCCGAUGCGGAAUUCCGGCGGCUUUUGGUCUGACGAGUCGUCUGAUGGGCAGAGAUCAUUUCCUGAUAGCGAAAAGAUGGAGCUUAAUUGGAAGCAUGGGUGGCUCGUUCAUGGAAACGGCUUCUGAAGGAACCGCAGCUAGUUGUGGGAAUUUGGGAGGGAAAAGUGAAGGGAGUGAGAUUUCUGGUACGCCGGAGGUUAUACCUGAGGAUAGCGGGUCGAGCGACGAUCGGGACAAGAGGGAGAAUGUAUGGUGGAAGAUGCCUGUGGAAUUGCUCAAGUUUUGCAUUUUCAGAGUAAGAGAAAAACCUGUUUGAUGGUGGGAAUUGCCAUGUUGGGGAGGAAGUUAUCUAAGAUGAUGCACAAGAAUGGGAGUAUUACACCGAGGAUUGCUGUUGAUGACAAGGU